GCGCGACGAGCGCUCCAAACCCCGCCAGUGCAGAAUCCGGAGGUGUCGGAGGCGCGUCGACACGCGUGCUCGUGACUGGCUGCUGCCGCUGCGUGUGCGUAAAGGCGCAAAGUAACUUUCUCCCCGCAGCCUGCUCGAAGCAUUCAGUCUCAGUGCGCUGCGAGUUGGCUCCAGAGGUGGACCGAUCGCGUUCUCUUCCUCGCUGCCCUCCCGAUGGAUACUAUCAACAUGCUGUUUAUGACUCAUUACCACUGGUGGAUAUUUGUGCUCUCCUUUCAUCCCUUUCUAUGCGCCUCUCUGGUUCGGACCGACGGGAAUACGAUCCGGUACCAGUGCAAUGAGGAAGAAGCUGCAGGCACGGUGAUCGGAAACCUGGCCAAGGACAUGUCCUUGAGCUUGCCCCACUCCUCCAGGACCAAUUUUAGGAUGAUGAGGCAGUUUAAUGACUCGUUCAUUCGAGUGAGGGAGAGCGACGGCCAGCUGAGCGUCGGUGAGCGGAUGGACAGAGAGAGAAUGUGCCGACACACUCCACAGUGUCUAGUCACUUUCGACGUGGUGAAUUUCUCCAAAGAGCGCUACAGAUUGAUCCACGUCGAGGUGGAGGUGAAAGACAUCAAUGAUAACUCCCCGGAGUUUCCCAGCGCCGAGUCUGUGGUGGAGAUCUCGGAGAACGCGGCCGUGGGUUCUCAUAUUCCUCUUGACCCGGCCGUGGACGCAGAUGUUGGCUCCAAUUACAUCCAAAGCUACCAGAUUUCUGUCAAUAGUCACUUCACUAUUGAUGUGCUUCUGAGAGCCGAUGGGGUUAAAUAUGCGGAGUUGGUACUGAUGAAGGAGCUCGACAGGGAGACCCAAGCCUCUUUCUCUCUGGACUUGAUGGCCACGGACGGCGGGAACCCAUCCAGGUCCGGGUCCACCAAGAUAACCAUUCGAGUGACGGACUUCAAUGACAACAGUCCGGUUUUUGAUCAAAAUAGUUUUUCGGUGAGUUUGCCGGAAGACGCGCCGGUCGGCAGCGUGAUCCUAGACUUGAACGCGGUGGAUGCCGACGAGGGUGCGAACGGCGAGGUCGUGUACGGUUUUGGAAAACAGGUUUCUCACGAGAUCCGGGAUCUUUUCCACGUGGAUAACAAAUCAGGACGCCUGACUCUCAGGAGCCCGGUGGACUAUGAGGACAAGCAUACGUACGAGGUGGAUGUCCAGGCCACCGACUUGGGCCCUAACCCAACCCCCUCUGUGUGCAAAAUUGUCAUACACAUCACCGACGUCAACGACAAUGCGCCGGGGAUCAGCAUCACCCCCAUGACCUCCAUCACCACGGGCACAGCGCACAUCAGUGAAGCGGCAGAAAAGGACAGCCUGGUGGCCUUGGUCACCACCUCGGACCGGGACUCGGGGGUCAACAGCCAGGUCCACUGCACCCUCUAUGGCCACGACCACUUUAAACUACGUCAAGCCUAUGAAGACAGCUAUAUGAUUGUGACGGCAGCCCCACUGGACCGCGAAAGAAUCAGUGAGUACAACCUCACGGUCAUGGCCGAGGACUUUGGGUCACCCCCACUCCGAAAAAUCACUCAAUACACCAUCCGAAUCAGCGACGAGAACGACAACGCCCCGCACUUCACCAAGCCCGUGUACGAGGUGUCUGUGGCGGAGAAUAAUGCCCCUGGUGCCUACCUCGCCACUGUGGAGGCCACAGAUGCAGAUUUGGGCCACAAUGGCAAAAUCACCUACAGACUAGUGGACAGUCUAAUCAUGGGAUCCCCUGUAAACACCUUUGUCUCGCUCAAUUCGGUGUCAGGGUCAAUCUACGCCUUACGGAGCUUCAACUACGAGGUUAUGAAGCAGCUAGACGUGCACGUCCAGGCCAGCGACGGGGGCUCUCCGCAGCUGCAGAGCACAGCGGUCAUCCGGUUAAAAAUAGUGGACCAGAACGACAACGAGCCUUCUAUCAUCGAGCCGCCUCUGUACAAAGGCUCUGCGGAUGUCUUCCUGCCUAAAGAUGCCCCUGCGGGCUACGUGGUAACACACAUAAAGGCCACGGACGCAGAUGAGGGCCUCAACGCUCAGUUGUCCUACAAGAUUACGGAAGGGGGGCUCCUAGGUUUCUCCGUAGACAAAGACACAGGGAAGGUGCACGUGAGCCGGCAGUUGACGUACGACCUUACGGACAAUGUCAAAGUGGUGGUGUCAGUAAGCGACAACGGCUCCCCUUCGCUGACCUCCACGGCAGUCAUACAUUUCAAUUUCAUCGAGGGUACCGUGGCCAGUGUGCCUUCCUCCUCUCAGGACGGCGGUGACUACCUAUUUGAAUGGGACACAUCCGUUGCCGUCAUCAUCAUCCUGGCGGGGAGUUGCUCCCUCCUCCUGCUGGCUAUCAUUCUCAUCACUACCAUUUGCAGCCGCCGCAGGAAGGAGACGAGGGAGGGCUACGACGAGAGGGAGGAGGCGCCCAAAAAGGCCGAGAGCGUGGAGAGUGGUCGCGUGGAAGCGUUAAUUGGCGGCCACGUGGGGAAAGUCUUUGAGCCGCACCCUUUCCCGGAGCAGCCACCAAUGGCCGCUUGCAACGUGGCGGAGAGGACCUGCGAGGAUGGGCAGCAAGCGGCGGGCGUCUUUGAACCCAGCAACAGAGUCAUGGAGGGCAAAUUAAAGGGCUAUUCCACUCUACCCGGCUAUGGGAAAGAAGCGGUCCGACCAAUAACAAUAUGGAAGGGUAAUUCCUUCACAACAAUCUCAGCCAGAGACCCUCAUAUCAGCGGCAAGGACAGCGGCAAAGGAGACAGCGACUUUAACGACAGCGAUUCCGACAUCAGCGGGGAUGUGCACAAAAAAGACUCGCCCCCCAACAACGCUCUGUGGGCUUGCACGAGCGAGUGCAAAGUGCUGGGCCACUCCGACAGAUGCUGGAGCCCGUCGGCCACCAGGCCCAACGCUAGCGCCGCCUCAGGGUCCAACCUCUCAACCUUCUCAAAGACGGCUUCGCUUCCCCGGGACAGCAGGAGGGACCACUACUACCCGUCGCACGUUCCCAAAGGCAACGGCCUGCAAAGCGUGUAUGAAAAAGUCCAACACCAGGAGUUUGAUUAUAUUCUCGUCGGGCCGCCUACACCAGCCAGAAUACAGGAAACAGACGAGAUUUCUAUCCCAGAGUACACAAACUCUUAAAAAAUAUAAAUGUACACUCCAUUUAAAGCAGGGGUCUCAAACAUGCGGCCUGGGGGCCAAUUGUGGCCCAUGGGACAGUAUUUGGUCGCCCCUUAUUUUGUGGCCCCUUACUUGACAUAUAAGGCUACGUUUACACUGCAAGGUGUGAUGUCCAGUUCAGAUUUUUUGAUCAUUUUAUUUGUGUGUAGCCGCUUAUAUUGCACAAACAUACGCUACUUGCAAUGUGAACAGAAUGUGGCCGCACCCCAAAUAUGGACCUUACGAGAGGUCUCCGCUGGCAAGCUUCUUUGGCAGUUUUAUGCUACUGGAACCAGAACUUCUUUAAUAUCAUAGUUUCUCAUCAUAUCAAGAAGGAGAAGGUAUUUUCUGCAACUUCACCCACCAUUGCUCAUUCGCGUCUGUUGAUUGUUUUGUCAAACAGUAGUGCCGUAUUUCACUUGUUGAUGAUGUAUGGGUCGCAUUCAUAUGGAUAUGCGUUCAUACUGCAGAAGUAUUGGAAAUAUUUCCGAUUUUUAUGCAUACAUGAAUGAGCCCAGGUCAAAUAUGAAAAAAAAAACAAUAGAAUUGGACUAUUCACACUGAAUGAAAAAUGUGUAUAUGUAUAUAUCUCACAUGGGCACAGACAUUGGAAUUGACCUGCUGUGUGAGCGUAGCCUUACAGAAAAACCUUAGCAUAGCUCAGGUUAAAGAGUUUUCAGUGAGAUUUGUCAAGAAGUUAGCCAAUGUGAAUUAGCAUCGGUCACUUCUUUGAAAGCGGGAAACAGAAUAUUUUUUUUAGUUGAGUACAGGUGCAUAGCUUUGUUGUUUUACCGUACAUACACAGGAAUAUGUAAAAGAGCAGCAAGAUGUGAAGAUGAGAAACAACAAUCUUCUGUAGAAGCGUUCUCGACUGAAAUAUUGAGAAGAUUGGAUUACUUGUACUUUUUUUAAUACUUGAAACUUUUCUGUGGAAUAUUUAAUGUGGCCCACGCUGACACAGACUCCAGCGGCCCCCGGAUGAAUUGAGUUUGAGACCCCUGAUCUAAAGUGACUCAACUCAGUGUUGUGAUUGGUUGUAUGUCAUUUGUCUGUUGGCCUAUCUGUAAGAUCAUGUGUAAUAUGCAAGAUUUUGUACAUUAAUAAUAUAUUUUUCAUAAGGCUUCAGUGUAAAUGAUAAUGACUUUUAUUAUGACUUUUCAAAGGCAUGUCUUAUUUAAGAGGGACGUGGGGGCAUCAAGGGGUUCUUCUGCUGUGAAAAACAAUCAAUAUGAACAAUGUUAGUGUUUUUUUUUCUUGGUCACGUUGUUGCACAAAUAAAAAGGGAUA